AUGCAAAGUCCUUUUUCGAAUUUCCAUCCAUGCGUUUUCGAGCAGACGGCUAUGGAUGGAUCCAGAAAACAGUUUUCGUGUGUCGAACAAUUCUAUAUGUACAGUAAGGCACUAUCGGCUAAUGAUAACAGAGCUGCGGAGCGCAUAAUGUCCGAACGCGAUCCAAAACAAAUGAAACGAAUUGGAAUGGAGAUCAUGGGAUUCAAUCGUGAUCUAUGGGAUUCCAUUAAUUCGGAUGUUAUGACGUCCGCGCUUGAAGCGAAAUUCGUACAAAAUGCCCAGCUACGUCAUUUGCUCUUUCAAACCCACGGUUCGCGGCUCGUUGAAUGCUCGCCGUAUGACCUAAUUUGGGGCAUAGGUCUUCCCAUCAAUAGCCCCGAUGCUGUAAACCCUUCACGAUGGCGUGGAAAGAAUCGCCUAGAAUCUCUCAUGGAUGCCGUACGUGAGAAGCUCUGGGCAAUGGAUGAAUACAGACCUCGGAUUAACUAUGAAGGAACUAACUAUGCAGAUGGUGAGUCGUACAGUUAUCAUGAAAAGAAUCGCCAACGUAACGGCGGAGAUGCUUCUCGUGCAAGGCGGAGCGCUCAGGCUGAGGAGGAUUUGAUUGAAGCUGUUUGUAUGGAAAAGUGGAGGCGGAGUGGUCACGAAAACACAAAAGUGAGAAUCGAGAACUGCUAA